GGUAUAAAUUGGACUAAGCAUUUUUCGCUGGUGGAUUUUGAGUUAAACAAUCUGGGCAUAGUCGUCUUUUCAGUGCUUGUCUAUGUACAGCAAGCUAACCAUCAACGAGCUCUGUCAAACAAUUUUUUUUCUUUGAAUGCAGUAGUUUUUUUCUGACGAUUAAAUAUAUGAUGCAUUUUCAAUGCAUACACAUGGCUAGGAUUUUAUAGUUCUAUUUAAGAUGCUAUACCAACGCUAGCUAAAUUGAAUCCGAUAUGUGGGUGAAGGCUCACGCUGCCCUUGAAAUUAAUUAAAUAGAAAAAUGGCUGAAGCACCAUGGAUUAAACAUCUGAACAAUAUAGGUGCACUCGAUGACUUUGAGAAGACGAACACAGCACCGCCAGCCCUAGAGGUUGAGGCACCCCCAUCUUCUAAGAGUGCUGCAAAUAAACCCCCCCUACUGGAGGACAGUCAGUUUUUCGAGUCCCUGUUUGAGGGAGAGAUGGCCUCUCAGGCGAAGGAGGAGUGGGAGAAAGCCAUGGCCGAACUAGCACAAGAAGAACCAGAUCUGCUCCAACAUUUUCAUAAACUGUCUGAGGCGGCAGGGAAAGUGGGCACUGAUGUGGCCUCCCAACAAGAAUUUACUUCCUGUCUAAAAGACACCCUCAGCGGAUUAGCCAAAAAUGCAGACAACCUUCAGAGUGCAGGAUUGGCUGGAGACGACCUUGUUAAGACUCUAGAAGGACUGGGAUUGGAGGAAGGCGGCGAGGGGGCAGGGGAAGAUGGCAACAUAUUGCCCAUCAUGCAGUCCAUCAUGCAGAAUCUUCUGUCUAAGGAAGUGCUCUACCCAUCUCUCAAAGAGAUCACCGAGAAGUACCCUGAGUGGCUGGACAGCAACAGGCAGUCCCUCCCCCUAGACCAGUACCAGCGCUACGAGCAGCAGGCCAAGGUCAUGGGAGAGAUUUGUAGCCAGUUUGAGAAGGAGGGUGGCGGAGGGGAGGGAGAAAACACCUUUGAGAGCAUUCUGGAACUCAUGCAGCAGUUACAAGACUUGGGACAACCUCCCAAAGAGCUGGCAGGUGACGCGCCACCUGGCCUGAACCUUGAUCUGGAGUCACUUAACCUCCCAGGGGUCCCUGGGGCCGGGGCAGGGGAGCAGUGCUCGAUCAUGUGAUCUCAGAGCAGCCACUUCUUUGGAUGCACAGAACAUAGGGAAAGUGUACGAACGGAGGAUCGAUGCGGGAGGAAGACUGCCAUCCCCACGGCAGAGGGGAAAAGGAGGACAACAAGACUGUACAUGUGUCCCCACCACACGCUCACACACUCCCCACCCCCUGAGAAGUCUCGAGAUUGUCUGAUGUAUCUAAAUGAAAGGCAUUGUGAAGGGAGACAUAUCGAAACAAUGCGAUCCUCUCUUGGAAAGUCUGUAACUCACCGAUCAGCACAGCUGACCUUAAUUUACUUGCUUUGGUUUGUCAGAAGUUCCUUCAGGUCAUCCCUGGGUCAGCAUGUUUACUUGCAUUCCCCCUGUUGGGUGUUACCCCAGAUUCUUAGCUCAUCUUAGCUAUUGUUUAGCCUCAUGAUGGGGCUUUUCCAACCCCCCAUUGGUUGAAACAGUGCCUUGGUAAUUUUUAUGAAGAAUUAGAGGGAAUUCACUAUUGUUCAUUAUAAAUCUUGCAGCAAGGCAGAAAUUGUUAAUUACCAAAGCUGUGUGUAUUGACUAGCUAUGUUGCUGUCGUGGACAAGGCAUAAACUAAACAAUGACUCCAUUGCUUGUCAGACAACUUAAGAAUGCACAACACUGCAGCCAAUGUGUUAGUUAUGCUUCCACCCAGACAAACCUUCUUUUGGGUUUGAUCUUGGGGCCUCUGACUUGUAAAUAAGUGAGCACCUCCAAAAACGAUCUCUUAGCAAGCUACAUCACUGCAGUGGCAUAGGUGGUUGGUAUUUCAACUGUGAAGUGAGUAUAACUCGAUUAUACUGAUUGUUUUCUUUUCAAAGAACCAGUGUGGGAGGCAGGUUCAAUCUGUGUUAUCACCCAACCAUAAACAAACAGGUUUUCCAUUGAGGAGAUAUGAAAACAACAUAUUUUAGAUUUACACAAUUUGCCAAUUCGAUUAAUUGUGUUAUGAUUCAAUUGCAUAUAGAUUAAUAUUUAUGGUUUAUAAACCAGUGUACAUUUGUGAAUUAUUGAAAGAAGACAAACUUGAGGAGUACCUCAAUAUAAUAAUAAAAACAAGUUGUGCUUUGAAGUGAUGUGAAAAGAACAUAAUUCCCGGUGGCCUUUGCUGUGGCCACGGUGAUGACUAGGAUUAGAAUGACUGUGAGUAGUACUCCCUGUUUUGGACAAUGUUUUGCUGAACUGACUGAAUUUGUAGAAUGGCAUUCUGGAUGUGGGACUCUAUACAAAGCUGGCACAACAUGCUGACUGUUUGCAGGGGAGAUGCCCUUUAGUUUGAGUGUUUAGAUAGUGAUUUGAAUUGGGUGCUAUUUCCUGACUUUUCUAUCAUGCGUUUCAUUGAAAUAUAUUGUACUGGUGAAAAGUUACUUUUCCAGGCAUUGGUUUAAAAGAUUUCAUGAAGUGCAAUAGAACCUAGAGCUGAUAAACCAGCUACUCAUAAAGAGUGUCUUUGUAGAGUUUGAAUGUUGAGAUCUACUGGAAAUUCUAGAUACAGGUAUUGAUGUUAAUCAGCUAAUUCAGCCCAUUCAAGAGGGAACUAUACCGUUUCAUCAACAUACCUGUCCACAACUAAAAUUUUUAAAGCAACAUCCUUCCAAUCACAUGGCUUGUUUGAUCAGACUUUGUAAAUAACUGGAAUAUAUUCGGAAAUAAAUUAACCAUACACAAAAA